AUGGACUUUCGCAGGUCUUCCCAACACGCUCCUUCAUCUCACACGCAAAUCCUACAUCCAAAUUCCGCGUUGUACCGCGUCCCUUACCUCCCUUCCCAUCCCUCCCAACUCCCUCUUCCCCCCUCCCCCUAUUCACAAAACAACAGGUUCCCCUCAUCCUCUCUGCUAUCCAACAUUUAUCCCUCAUCUAUGGAUUCUUCUUCUGCUGCCGACAUUCGCACCUUUUUCACUUACAUUCCCAACGAGGUCAAACACCGCAAAAGAACCACCCGUCCUCAGCUCAAGGUCCUCGAAGACGUCUUUCGCAAAGAUACAAAACCGAAUGCAGCUCUGCGCAAGGCCCUAGCCACUCAGCUCGACAUGACUCCCAGAGGCGUACAGGUCUGGUUUCAAAACAGACGGGCAAAGGAGAAACAGCAGCUGAAGCGAGUCCAAGCCCAUGCCAGCACAAGCCCUGCCGCCACCCAUUUCUCACAAAACAGCUCGUCGCCCAGGGAUAUCUCUCCCAUCCACGAAUCUUCCAGUUCCUCGACGGCGACAGAAGUCCCUUCGCCUGCCGUAGACGACCACUACGACCCGCAACCCACUCAGACGCCAGAAUUCCCUCCUUCAGUGCCAUCCAGUCCUGCUCCCGACGCACCCGCCCAGCUCGCUCCUGAUUCUGCACCUCCUUCGUGGCACAGCUCUCCCACAGCCACAGACCUCAUCUCUCAUCCCGUUCGUCAAACGAUACCAGAAGAAUCACAGGAUGAACAGCUGCUAAGCAUACGUCGGGGCUCGUUGCCCGUCAUCACCCGCUCCCAGUCCUUCGCCAACGGAAGCCACAUCCCACCGUCCAUCGACAGCAUGGGCCGGCGAAAGUCGAUGGACACGAGCCUCUACAGACUGAUGCACCACCCCUUUGCACGGGUUGCGAAAGAGAAGAACGAAGCGCUGUACACCCACUCGCCUCUCUCCUCUCCUUCCCAGAGCCUGCAGCCCAUGGCGCGCGAGGCGACGGUGGGCCCGAUACGCAACGGCGGGACGCACAUCGCUGUGCCGUUCACGCCCAACCGACCGGGUCUGGCGCAUCGCGCGUCGAUGCCUCACGUGUUUGUGCCCCCUCGCCCGCCGCGCGCGUCCGACGCGAGUAUGUACGCCUCGCACGUCUCCGCUCGUCGGUUCUCGGACAACAGACAGUUCGUCCCUCAGCGCACCGUGUCUUCUCCGAUUCCAGGCCCUUCUUCCAUCACCAGGCUACUCUUCGGCAACCCCUCUUCUCCAUCUGCCACCUCUCCCUGUCCGGGCGAGCUUGACGGCGGCGGUGGCGGAGGAGAGAUGUACUCGUCCGACAUUUCCCGACUGCAGCAGUGGUCCUUCCCCGCGGACGACCGAGACGAAGACGACGUGACGUCGACGUCUCAUGGAGGCUUGUCGCGCUUUAGCUCGAUAGCGUCGGUGGCGGGGAGUGAGUCGAGUAAUACGAGCGCGUUCUAUUCGGAUGUGGGCAGUGUGGAUCCGGGGUGUUAUGAUCCGAAUGUGAGACGGGGAUCUUGUAACUACAUCGAGCUCGGAAUGUCGAGUCUAAACAUGAGCAACCGCUCGAGCCAAGGCUCACUCAACGAAUCUCAUCUAUCAGCAGGCUCCUCCCUCGCCUACUCCCGCUCCCAAGACCACGCCAACGACCCAAGGCGGCUUUCUGCUACUGGGUAUUCAUCGCCGACGAGUGGUCCGGGCGGCAGUCCCCGGGGACAGCAGGGACAAGGACAGGGACAGGGGCAUGAACCAGAGGGAGCGAGUAGUUUGUAUUAUUCAAGUGUGAGUCAAAAUCGAACUUCCUCCUCUUCUUUUUUGGAUUUCGAUAUCGAUGACGAGGCUAACGACACGCUUGUGUAUUUCCAGGUCCCGCCAGACCCGAUGGUAGGCACAACGUACAUGGGCGCCUCUGACGCUUCCGUGUCUGAUAUCAACCCGACGACGCAUGGGCACAUGCAGGAAGCGAAUAUCCCCCAGAUUUACGUGCAAGGCUCCGUUAUUGACAGGAUGGGCGUCUUCCCAUCGUCUCAACCUCCACCGCCUUCUUCCUCCUCGUCGUCCUCUUCGUCGUCCGCGUCUGCUUCGGCGGCGGCGAUCGUAGAGUCGAUAGCCCCGGUCCAGAUGGAGGGAUCGGGAAAGUAUCGGUAUGAGGGCGGGAUGAGCGAGUUUGGGCAUGGGCAGACGUACGGUGGAGGUGGAACGACGACGACGGGCGACGUGGUGCAAUACCCACUCACAGGCUCAUUCACGCCGCACCCGCAAGACCAUUCUGAGAUGAUGAGGAUGACGCAAGGGGUCGACUAUGGUCCGUCUGUGUCUGUGUCUGCGGGUGUGUCAGGCAUAGAGGGGUUUCGCGACUAUGCGUGA